AAGAAGUCCGGUUAUAUUGCCAUUGCCAUUGUUUAUUUUCGUGCAUUUCAAUGGAGAAUGUCAUUAUCAUGUGCUUCAAUUUUGUUUCACUGUUGUUUCUACAAUGUUUCAUGGCUAGUUUAGCUACGACUCCAAGAAACAUAACGACGGAUCUAUCUGCUCUGCUUGCUUUCAAAUCACAUGUUGUCACUCCUCACAGUGUGUUGGCAAAUAAUUGGUCAAUUUCUAUUCCAGUGUGCAACUGGGUUGGCGUUUCUUGCGGUGCUCGCCAUGGAAGAGUCACAGCUUUGAAUCUUUCCCAUAUGGCUCUUGGAAGAUCCAUUCCUCCACAUCUCGGAAAUCUCUCAUUCCUCGUAUAUCUGGAUCUUGGCAACAACAAUUUCAGUGGCCCUCUUCCCAAUCAACUGGGAAAAUUACGUCGACUGAGAUACUUCAACUUGAAUAAUAACAAAUUAAGCGGAGACUUUCCUUCCUGGAUUGGAAGCUUAUCCGAACUCACCUUCUUGGGUUUUUAUAAUAACACUUUUACGGGCACCUUCUCGCAAUCUCUCUUCAACUUAUCAAAGCUGGAGAUCUUGUGGUCAAGUUACAAUUUUAUUGAAGGAAAUAUUCCAUCUGAGAUUGGAAAGCUUCUCAAUUUGAAAGAGUUGUAUUUGAGAGACAACCUCCUUACAGGUCCCAUUCCUUCUACAAUCUACAACAUUUCUUCGCUAAAGACUCUUGAUUUAGAUUCUAAUAGCCUAUCGGGGAGUCUGCCGGAGGAUCUGUGUAAUCGUCUUCCGAAACUUGAAAGGCUUUUUCUAUCGUCGAAUGGAUUAACUGGCCAACUUCCGCCAAGUUUAGGUGACUGCACCGAGCUCAUCGGCUUAUUAUUGCCUUCUAAUCAUUUCACAGGACGCAUACCAGAAAAUAUUGGAAAUUUAACCGGGCUUCUGGGUUUGUAUCUUCAGGAUAACAACCUACAAGGUGAAAUACCGUCGGGAAUUGGUAAACUACAAAAUCUACUGUUCAUAAAUCUUGACAAUAAUAGCUUAACUGGUCAGAUUCCUCACACAAUCUUCAACAUAUCAACCAUAAGAGGCAUUAAUAUAAAUUACAACGACCUCUCGGGCCCUCUUCCAUCAAAUAUUGGCUGGCUUCCGGACCUCACGGAUCUUUUUCUGGCCGAAAAUAAACUUGAUGGAACGAUCCCCGAUUCCAUUUCCAAUGCUUCCCAACUUACUUACCUUGAGCUAAGCUCAAAUUCUUUCUCUGGCCUUAUUCCAAAUACACUUGGCAACUUGAAGUUCAUCACUGUGCUUAACCUUGAGGAUAACAACUUGAUCGCCACUGAAGAAUGGAACUUUCUUGAGUCUUUGACAAACUGCAGAGAACUAAGAGUUCUAAACUUGGGAAAAAAUCCAUUGAGUGGCAUCCUUCCCCCUUCAAUUGGGAAUUUCACCACAUCUCUCCAAAAGUUUGAUGCAUCUAAUUGCAAACUUAUGGGAAACAUUCCUUCAGAAAUUGGAAACUUACAAGGUCUGAUACUUUUAGACCUUGCAUAUAAUGAUUUGAAUGGAUCUAUUCCAACAACAGUGGAACGAUUAAGGAAUCUCCAAGGUUUGUCCAUCCAUAAUACUAAUCUGCAGGGAUCCAUCCCAUAUGAAGUUUGCCAAUUGAAUAGCUUGAUUGACUUACUGUUAAAUGAUAAUAAGCUCUCUGGACAAAUACCCACUUGCUUGGGAAGUUUGGUUUCUCUAAGAAAUCUACACCUGGGCUCCAACAAAUUCACUUCAAACAUACCAGCAUCCUUAUGGAAUCUUACAUAUAUCUUGCAGGUAAACUUGUCAUCAAAUUCUUUAACUGGUUCUCUCCCUUUAGAUAUACAAAAUUUGGGGGUCUUGAUAGAUCUAGAUUUAUCAAGGAAUCAAUUAUUUGGUGAGAUACCGGUUACCAUGGGAGGCCUUAAAAAUCUAGUUACUCUAGCUUUGACAUCUAAUAGAUUUGAAGGCUCCAUCCCUAACACAUUCAACACUAUGACGAGCUUGGAAUCUUUGGAUCUGUCUAAUAACAAUCUCACUGGAGAAAUUCCGAAGUCGUUGGAGGCACUCCUAUAUCUUAAGCAUUUUAAUGUGUCUCACAAUAGGUUAGAAGGGGAAAUUCCUAACAAAGGACCUUUCAAAAACUUCUCAGCUGAAUCAUUUAUUGGGAAUUAUGCACUCUGUGGUUCGCCACGACUACAAGUUGCACCUUGCAAGAAGGACACUAUCAAGCGAUCGAACACAACAACUAAAAUUGUGUUAAAAUUUAUUUUACCUCCAAUCCUGUUGAUUAUAUUGGUAGUGGUGGUAAUCAUCAGCUUUAUAAGGUGUCGAUACAGGAGUGAAAAUUCUUCGACUCAGGAAGAUUUGUUACCUCUAGCUACGUGGGCAAGAACUUCAUAUCUAGAAAUUCAACGAGCAACAGAUGGGUUUAAUGAAAGCAACUUGCUCGGUAUAGGUGGCUUUGGCUCAGUAUACAAAGGGAUACUUUCAGAUGGCACAAAUGUUGCAAUAAAAGUUUUUAAUUUGCAACUAGAAAAAGCAUUUAAGAGUUUUGAUUCAGAAUGUGAAGUGUUGCGCAAUAUCCGUCAUAGGAAUCUGGUAAAAAUAUUUAGCAGCUGCUGCAAUAUUGAUUUUAAAGGCCUGGUACUUGAAUUCAUGCCUAAUGGUAAUCUUGAGAAGUGGUUGUAUUCUCACAAUAAUUUUCUAAACAUACUAGAGAGGUUGGAUAUAAUGAUAGAUGUCGCAUCGGCUUUUGAAUAUCUUCAUCACGAUCAUUCAACACCUGUGAUUCAUUGUGAUUUAAAGCCUAACAAUAUCUUAUUGGAUGAAAAUAUGGUUGCUCGUGUGAGCGAUUUUGGCAUUGCCAAACUCCUAGGAGAUGAAAAUUCAAUGACACAAACCAUGACUAUGGCAACUGUUGGUUAUAUGGCACCAGAGUACGGAUCAGUGGGAAUUGUUUCUACAAAAGGUGAUGUCUACAGUUAUGGCAUUUUAUUAAUGGAAACUUUCGCUAGAAAGAAGCCAACAGAUGAAAUGUUUAGUGGAGAAAUGAGCUUAAAGAAUUGGGUGGAAAAUUCAUUGCCUCAUGCAGUGACUGAAGUAGUGGAUGCUAAUUUGCUGCAAGAAGAGACAGGUUUUGGUGCCAAAAUUGAAUGUCUGUCAAGCAUUAUGGAAUUGGCUAUGGAUUGUUCAAAGGAAUCACCUGAACAGAGGAUUACUAUGAAGAGUGCCGUAGUAAAACUCAAGAAGAUUAAAGAAAAGUAUCUGAAUGGUAUUGGAACAACUUAAUUAAUGUCUCAGUUAUUUGUAUUGUAUAUAAUGAGAAGUUCUUGCCUUGCUUUUAUGCCCAUAAUGAAAAAUAAAAGCAGAAAUUUCUUUUCUGAUACAAAAUUUAUCCUGAAUUUUAUGUUAAUGGUCAGGUAAGAAUCAGGUCAGGACUGGAU